CUCGAUUGCACCAGUGCAGAACUUUCACCAUUAACCAGGAUUGGCCUAUAGUCAGAGGUUCAAACUGAUAUUUAUUUUACUGAAUCCACAUCCCACACCUAGCAUGGGUGCAAGAAGCCUUCUGGGCUGCCUCCUCCUAACUGCUCUGCUCAGUUUAUCAAACGCUGGGCUUGUGAAGAAAAUCCUGCGGCAUCGGCGACAGACUCUGGCCUCCCCGACAGAGCAUAACCUCACCCUCCCCAGAGCUGACCAUCCUGUGGUUUUCAACCACGUCUACAACAUCAAUGUUCCCGCCAGUUCCCUGUGCUCAGUGAACCUGGACGAGCCAGAGAGCACGGAGCUCCAUCCCAAAGAUGCACCGGCCUCCUCGGGCCAUCACAUCAGUGAGCACACCAUGGAUGGGGAGAACCAGAUCGUGUUCACCCACCGUAUCAACAUACCCCGGCAGGCGUGUGGCUGCACGGACUCACUGCCUGGCCUGAAAGACCUCAUGAGCAGACUGGAGAUGCUCGAAGGCGAAGUUUCAGCUCUGAGAGAUCAGUGCAACAGUGACGGGUCCUGCUGCAGCGCACAGGUCACAGGUGCUGUGGGAACAAAACCUUAUUGUAACGGCCACGGAAACUACAGCGCUGAAUCCUGCGGCUGUGUAUGUGAGCCUGGCUGGAAAGGACCCAACUGCACUGAGCCCGAGUGUCCCAGUAACUGCCAGAACCGGGGCCGCUGCGUGGACGGAAAGUGUGAGUGCUUCAAGGGUUUCUCUGGAGAGGACUGCACACUCGAGGUCUGCCCUGUGGACUGUGGCGCUUACGGCCGGUGUGUGGGCGGCGCCUGCGUCUGCUCAGACGGCUACUUUGGAGAAGACUGCUCUCAGAGCAAGUGCCUCAACAACUGCCGAGGCCGCGGCCGCUGUUAUGACGGAGACUGCGUGUGUGAUGAGCCCUGGACCGGCUUCGACUGCUCCGAGCUCAUCUGUCCCAAAGACUGCUACGACCGUGGACGCUGUUUCAACGGCACCUGCUACUGUGAGGAGGGGUACACCGGGGAGGACUGUGGAGAUCGCACCUGUCCCAACAACUGUCAAGGCAACGGUUUCUGUGUCGAUGGUCGGUGUGUGUGCACUGCCGGCUACAGCGGAGAGGACUGCUCCCAGCUCACCUGCCUCAACGACUGUAACGGCAGAGGUACGUGCUUCAAUGGGAUGUGCAUCUGCGACACGGGCUACCAAGGCGAGGACUGCAGCCAGUUGACGUGUCCGAACAACUGUAACAACAGAGGCCAGUGCAUAAACGGACAGUGCGCGUGCGACGUCGGUUUCCAGGGAGACGAUUGCUCCGAGCUUUCCUGUCCGAGCAACUGCCUGCACAGGGGGCGCUGUGUUAACGGCCAGUGUGUGUGCGAGGAAGGCUUCGCUGGGGAGGACUGCAGCAUCAGGACCUGCCCCUCAAACUGCUACGGCCGCGGGGAGUGUAUUGAUGGACGCUGCGUGUGUCAUGCGGGCUUCACCGGUGAGGACUGCAGCGAACUGAGCUGCCCGAACAACUGCCGAAACCGCGGCCGCUGCAUCGAUGGGCAGUGCGUUUGCGACGAAGGCUUCGCCGGGGAAGACUGCAGUCAGAAAGCGUGUCCCAACGACUGCCUGUCCAGAGGUUACUGUGCAGACGGCAAGUGCGUCUGCCAGGAGGGCUACUCUGGAGAUGACUGCUCCGUGCUCGCCUGUCCAGAUAACUGCAACAACAGGGGGCGCUGCAUCAAUGGGAGGUGCACAUGCGAGAGCGGAUAUGAAGGAGAAAGCUGUGCACAGCUGAGCUGCCUCAACAACUGCCAGGACAAAGGCCAGUGUGUGAACGGUCGGUGCGCCUGCGAUGAGGGAUACAUCGGAGAGGACUGCUCAGAAGUGUCUCCGCCAAAGGACCUCACUGUUGGCGAGGUCACCGCCGACACAGUGGACCUGUCCUGGAACAAUGAGAUGUUGGUGACAGAGUACCUUGUGACGUACGUGCCCACCAGUCCCGGUGGUCUUCUCCAGGAGUUCACUGUGCCCGGAGACCAAACUUCUGCCACCGUCAAAGAGCUUGAACCCGGCAUCGAGUAUCUGAUCAGUGUCUACGCCGUUCUGAGCAACAAGAGGAGCGUCCCUGUCAGUGCGAGGGUCGCCACAGAUCUCCCACAGCCAGAGGGUUUAAGGUUCAAGUCGGUGAGAGAGACCUCAGUAGAGGUAGUGUGGGACCAGCUGGACAUCUCCUUUGAUGGCUGGGAGAUCUAUUUCCGCAACACGAAAGAAGCAAAUGGAAAAGUCGCGAGCACCCUCCCACCUUCUCAAACCGAGUUUCUCCAGUCAGGCCUUGGACCAGGACAGGAGUAUGAAGUCUCCAUCAACAUCAUCAAGAACAACACCCGAGGACCCCAAACAACCAAAACGGUCACUACCAAGAUCGACGGCCCCCGGCAGGUGGAGGUGAAGGAUGUGACGGACUCCGCAGCACUGGUGAGCUGGUCUCAGCCAGUGGCUCCCAUUGACAGAAUCACCAUGUUUUACGGGCCCACCUCAGACCCCUCCGACGAAAACAGCGCAGAGAUCUUCCCCCCGGACAAGCAGUACAGCGUUGACGGUCUGAGGCCAGACACCGAGUACACGGUGUCACUCGUGUCCAGGAGCGGGGACGUCACCAGUGACCCCGUCACCUCCACGUUCACCACAGGACUGGAUGCCCCCAGGAACCUGCAGGCCGUGUCCCAGACAGACAGCAGCAUCACUCUGGAGUGGACUAACAGUCAGGCUGACGUCGGCAGCUACCGGGUGAAAUACAGCCCCAUCUCUGGAGCGACUCAUGGCGAGGAAGUGUUCCCACAAGGACCGGGAGACACCACAAAAGCUACUAUCACAGGGCUGAAGCCGGGGACGGAGUAUGGGAUCGGUGUGACCGGUGUGAAAAAUGAGAGAGAGAGCCUCCCAGCUACUGCAAAUGCUGCAACUGACAUCGAUCCUCCCACAGACUUUGAGGAAGUUGAGUCCACGGAGACCUCCCUCUCUCUGAGGUGGGAGAAGCCUCGGGCCAAGGUCAGUGGCUACAGGCUGGUGUACGCCUCCAGAGAUGGCCAGGUAGAGGAGGUGGAGAUCCCACCCACCGCCACUGGCCACGUCGUGUCCAACCUGACCCCUGGAAUGAGCUACACUCUCACUUUGACUGCAGACAAGGGACACAAGAGGAGCUCACCUGUCACCCUCACUGCAACGACAGCCUCUUUCACGUUUUAUUUAGCUGACUCAGACGACCGUGAGCUAACGACCCCCACAGGCUCGGAGGACAAUGUCAUUAGCUUUGCGUAUUUAGACCCCUCUGAGUCCCAGUUCUCUGGGACGGGGCCUGAGGAUGAGCCUGGAACGCUGACUGUUUCAGGCAUCACGUCUGACGGAUUUGACCUCUCGUGGAGACUAAAGGCCCACAGCAUUUACGAUAGCUUUGCAGUAGAAUAUAAAGACACUCAGCGCUUGUGGGAUGUGAGAGAGGUCCAGCUUCCUGGAGAUGCCACUGGCUCUCGAAUCGAAGGCCUGAAGGCAUCAACAGAGUAUCAAAUAAAGCUUUUUGGAAUAACAAGUAGCCAGAGAUCUGCGCUACUUGAAGCUGUUGCAGUCACAGCUCUCAGGCCUGCCUCUGCAGAUGUGCUUACACUGAGCAUCAAAGAUGCCCCAACAACCCCACAGCCCACCCUGGAUAAUGAAACCAUUCAAAACCCAGACCCCCUCCGUCCUGUAAACACGGAUUCUCCUUCCAUUUCUGACACUGGUGUGAUGAGUUCUGGGGCUGAGCCUGAAAGCUCAAACCUGGACGCACUGGGGGACCUCAGAGUCACAAAUGUUACCUCCACUAGCGUAAGCUUGGCUUGGUCGGCGCCUGACGAGGCGUUCGAUAGCUUUUUGGUGGAGCUCGGUUCUCCAUCGGGGGUGACUCAAGCUCAUGUGACCACGUUACCAGGAAGUGUGAGGAAGGCAGAAAUAGAGGGUUUGUCUCCCUCUACUCGCUUUGAUAUUACAUUGCAAGGGCUGGUGGAAGGGAAGCGAACUUUGCCUCUCAAAGUUUUUGCAACUACAGAGGAGCUGAAGCCCAAGGUGGUGAACCUCACCAUCUCUGACAUUACAUGGGACGGCUUCACUGCGUCCUGGAGCCCCACGGGUGGGGAAUUUGACAGCUUUGUCAUUGAGGUAACAAACUUGGAGAAUCUCGCAGAGAGCCAGAACCUCACACUGUCUGGAGACGCUUUCAGCCUGGUCAUCUCCGGGCUGAAUCCCAACACCAGCUACAUGGUUGGCCUGUAUGGGAUGUAUCAGGGCUCCUUCCUUGAACCCGUGUACAGUGAAGCCACCACAGAGGCUGAGCCAGAGGUGGAGCACCUCUUUGUCUCGGACACCACCGCCGACGGCUUCCGUCUGUCGUGGACGGCUGAUGAAGACGUGUUUGACAGAUUUGUGAUUAAAAUAAGAGACAGCAAACGAUUAGCCCAUCCUCAAGAGUACAGCGUCCGCGGUGACGAACGAACCAAGGUUUUAACCGGACUCAUGAGUGGCACUGAGUAUGAAAUCGAGCUUUAUGGUGUCACAUUGGACCAACGCUCCCAACCUAUUACUGGGGUUGCUCAGACAGGCCUGAGCACUCCGAGAGGGCUUCACUUCUCUGAAGUGACCGACUCCUCAGCCAUAGUUCACUGGUCCAUGCCUCGCUCUCCGGUGGAUAGCUACCGCAUCACCUACGUGCCCUUUGAAGGAGGAAGCCCAAUGACGGCGACUGUGGAUGGGAAUGUGUUUGAGGCUUUGCUGCCCAAUAUGGUCCCUGGCAAGACCUAUCAGGUGACCGUCAGUGCAGUGAAGGGUCUGGAGGAAAGCGACCCCAGCACCGACUCUGUGACCACAGCCCUGGACAGACCUCAGGGUUUGACCGCGGUUAAUGUCACUGACACUUCAGCCCUGUUGCUGUGGCAACCGUCUGUGGCCACUGUUGAUGGCUACGUCAUUACCUACAGCGCCGAUUCAGUGUCCCCCGUGGUGGAGCACGUGUCUGGCAACACCGUGGAGUUUGAGAUGAGCUCCCUGGUUCCAGGGACCCACUAUUCAGUUGGAGUUCAUGCGAUGAAGGAAGCGCAGAAGAGUGACUCUGCUGUUACUGAUUUCACCACAGAUGUGGACCCUCCUCGUGACCUGAUGGCCAUAAACAUUCAAACUGACAGCGCCACCCUCACAUGGAAACCUCCUCAGGCCGCCGUCACCGGUUACACUCUCACCUUCUCUUCUGCUGACGGUAUCAUCAGGGAAGUGGUGCUAAGCCCGACAGCGUCCUCUUACAGCAUGACUCAGCUAACCGGCUCUACAGAGUAUGAUGUCAAACUGCAGGCCAUCGCCGGAGCCCAGAGGAGUCGACACAUAACCACCGUCUUCACCACCAUUGGACAGUUGUACAGACGCCCCAAGGACUGUGCUCAGAUUUUGCUGAAUGGAGAGACGACCUCUGGUCUGUACACCAUCUAUGUGGGAGGAGAGGACGGCCAGCCCAUCCAGGUCUACUGCGACAUGGCCACGGACAGCGGCGGAUGGAUGGUUUUCCUCCGGCGCCAGAAUGGAAAGCUGGAUUUCUUCAGGAACUGGAAGAACUACACCGCUGGCUUCGGUAACAUGAAUGAUGAGUUCUGGCUGGGUCUCUCCAACCUCCAUAAAAUCACAUCCUCUGGUCACUAUGAGCUGCGAGUGGACUUGAGGGACAAGGGGGAAUCAGCCUACGCGCAGUAUGACAAGUUCACGAUUGCGGAACCAAGAACACGCUACAAAGUCUACAUAGGAGCAUAUAGCGGAACAGCAGGUGACUCCAUGACUUACCACCAGGGUCGACCUUUCUCCACCUAUGACAACGAUAAUGAUAUCGCCGUCACCAACUGCGCCUUGUCCUACAAAGGUGCUUUUUGGUACAAAAACUGUCAUCGUGUCAACCUCAUGGGAAAAUACGGCGACAACAGUCACAGUAAGGGGAUCAACUGGUUCCACUGGAAGGGCCACGAAUACUCAAUCCAGUUUGCAGAGAUGAAGAUUAGACCGGCCAACUUCAGAAACUUUGAGAGCAGGAAAAAACGAUCGUAGACCCAUGGACCCCCUCCUCCUCUACACCUCAUCUCCACCACAACCCCACCCCCAUACCCCCACCCCCACCCCCACCGAACCUCACCAGCAGUCAUGAACUUCUGCGUUCCCUCGUCUUUACGUAUCCUCUGACUAAAUUACUCACAAACUUGAGGCAGUCACACUGAACGUGAGAAACAAACCCGGUAAAUUUACACCAAAGAAUCAAAACGAUUAGCUGAUUUCGCGUAGCCGUCCCGAUUUGGUGCCGUUGUGUGUGAGAUUGUAUUUCUGUGUUCCCAAGUUUUGGUUUCUAAGAGAAAGUGGCUGUUGCGUCUGAGUGUGAAUGGACAAACACUACCUGUGUUAUUGGGACCUAAACAGCUGUAUUCAUAUGAGCAGUAUUUGUAAAAUUGUGUAAAGGGAUCCACUGAAUCAGUAGCAUGUCAAAGGCACAUAGACAGAAGGCGUCAGGCCACAUCCUGCACAUCCCCUGAAGUAACAGGAAGUUAAUUUUCAGUGGCAUUGCGUGUUUGAAUUAGUUCAAAACUCACGGUGACGCUUUAUUUUACAGAUCCUUCAAUUCUGAUUUAUUUCCAACUGCGUUCCUGAGAAGUUCCCCGGAAAGAGCGAUAUGAUUUGGUGGUAAUUACAGGUAAAACACAGCGCGAUCAGUUGCUGCACUCGGUUAUUUCUAAAGGCAAAUCCAGCACAACUUUGAGUCUUUAAUUCAGAGGAUAGCAGAUAAGCUACACAUGCAGAGUGUGAAAUAUCUCUGAAACCCAAACAUACAACUCUGCAUAAAUGAACAAUAAAGUUUCCAGUAAUGAAAAGAAAUUUGAACAAAUUCUUUCCUGUAAAUUCAUCUGUAAGUCGUUAAUGACCAGCUUGAAUUUACUAAAAUAACAAUCUCAGAACUUAGUGUGUUUUUCCUGUAAUUAGUUCCAAACCACAUGGUUCUUUCCCAGAAACUUUUAUGAAACAGUCAGAAAAUAACAGACCUGUAAAAUUCCCAAAUGAACGUACGAAAUGAUGCAUCUUAAUUCACCUGAUGAACUCCAUGAAAUGUUGAUUAUUUACUGUACAACUGGGAGAUGGAUCGCAUUUGCUAAUGCCGCUAAUACCAUUGAAUUCAUAUUUAAAUUUUGAUCAUCGGUAUUUUGAUAGAAAAACAAAUCUGAUGCUCUGUAACCUUCAAUACUAAUAAAAAAAAUGUUAGUUUGA